ACACACAUCCAGGACUUGAGUCCUCCACACACACAUCCAGGACUUGAGUCCUCCACACACACAUCCAGGACUUGGCUCCUCCACUCUUUAACUCUGCAGCUCCAUCCUGUCAGCCCAACUUCUUCCACUCUUGAGCUGCCUCCACCCACGGUGUGACGAUGACGGAGGCAUGGCAGCAGCAGCAUGCAGUGGUCCCACCAGCUGUGGUGCACACGCUCCCCCAGGUCUCGGACACCCCCCUGAGCUGCACCGUAUAUGGAGUGGUCCUGCAGCCAGACGCCUCCCUGCAGCAGCCCCAGCUCACCCAGCAGCACACGGUUCAAGCCCAGCAAGCCUCCUUACAGGCAGGUGGCGAUAGAGGACACAAAUGUGGUGUCUGUGGCCUGGACCUGUCUCACCUGCCCAACCCUCAUGAGCACCAGUGCAUGGUGACACAGGACCGUUCGUUCCAGUGCACCCAGUGCAUGAAGAUCUUCAGCCAGGCCACAGAUCUGCUGGAGCACCAGUGCGUUCAGGUGGAGCAGAAGCCUUUUGUGUGUGCAGUUUGUAAGAUGGGCUUCUCGCUGCUCACCUCCCUGGCUCAGCAUCACAACUCGCACGGAAACAAUCCCAUGAAGUGCUCCAUCUGUGAGAAAACCUACCGGCCGGGCUCUGGAAAUGUCACCCCCACCUCAUCCUCUGCCAACCCCCAGCAACCCUCUACCGGGGAGACGUCUGGUGGCGGUGCAGCGAUCAGUGCCUCGUCUCCUCCUGCGUUUGAAGCCUCUGCACCAGACCGGCCGUACAAGUGCUCUGUGUGUCACAAGUCCUUUCGGCAUUUGUCAGAGUUGACGCGCCACGAGAGGAUACACACGGGUGAAAAGCCAUAUAAGUGUGACACGUGCGAUAAGAGUUUCAGCCAGUCGUCGCACCUGGCGCACCACCAGCGUACACACAGCUCCGAGCGGCCGUACAAAUGUGCUGUUUGUGAGAAGAGCUUCAAGCACCGCUCUCACCUGGUGCGGCACAUGUAUGCUCAUUCAGGCGAGCACCUGUUCAAGUGCAAUUUAUGUGAGAUGCACUUUAAAGAGUCGUCCGAGCUGCUGCACCAUCAAUGCCAGCCUGAAGGUGAGAGACCUUUCCGCUGUGAAUCGUGUGGAAAGAGCUUCAAGCGUCCUUCCGACCUACGGCAACAUGAACGCACACACUCUGAGGAGCGGCCGUUUCAGUGUGAAGAGUGCCAGAUGAGCUUCAAACAGCAGUAUGCCCUGGUUCGCCACCGGCGCACUCAUAAAAACCCAGCCGAUCGUCCUUUUAAGUGUAACCUUUGUGAUAAGGGCUUUCUGCAACCCUCUCAUCUACUGUACCACCAGCAGGUUCAUGGCAUGGAGAGUCUGUUCAAGUGUGCCUCCUGCCAGAAGUCUUUCAGCCAGUCAGGGGAGCUGCUGCGGCACAAAUGUGGCGGAGAGGUAGAGAAACCCUACAAGUGUGAUGUGUGUGGCAAAGGCUACAAAAAGAAUUCGACGCUGCAGCGCCACCAGAGCACCCACUGCACAGAGAAGCCUCUGAAGUGCUCCCUGUGCGACAAGCGCUUCAUGUCGUCCUCGGAGUUCGUUCAGCAUCGCUGCGACCCAACGAGGGAGAAACCGCUGAAGUGCCCCGACUGCGAGAAACGCUUCAGGUACUCGUCAGAGCUGCAGCGCCACCGCCGAGUCCACACGGGCGAGAAGCCCUUCAAAUGUGCCAACUGUGAGAAGAGCUUCAAACAGCGCGAGCACUUGGCCAAGCAUCAGAGCGUGCACUCGCGGGAGACGCAGUUCAAGUGCGUGUGGUGCGGCGAGCGCUUCGUUGACCUGGCAGCCCUGCAGGAGCACACGGUGCAGCACACAGCUGAGGGCGAGAACUUCUCUGAAGCUCCCUGCAUCCAGUGAGCUGCAAGCAUCAAGGACUCGGACACUUACUGGUCUGACUGGGUUCAACUUUUGGAGACCAGUUGGUGUUUAAAUGUUGACAGGAAACGGGCAACGUUCAGAGAAUCACAGCUUAUUGUGUGCACGCCUCAGCUUUAUUUAGGCUGUGCACGUUCUUUUACCCGUCUCGGCAGCUGCCCCAUGUUGAUGCUUCUCUGUAAAUUCAGACUGAUGUCCUAAUAAUCCAGAUGUUCUACAGCUGCACAUGUUGUGUGUGAGGGAGCUGCUGUG